AUGAGACGUGCAGCUGCACGUCUUACACUGCCGGAAGAAGCAUACAGAACGGUGACCUUUGGUGAAUAUUGCAUCGCAAUCGCCUCUGUCCCAGUUCUACUCCAGCAGAUGUGCCUGCAAGUGCGAGAUCUAGGCGAUGCUUUGAGUAGCCUGCAAACCCAGGCCGCCGAGCAGCCGCUCAAUCUGGCACUUUCGUUUGAUGAAACGACUGCAGGCAACGUCCUUGCCCCAGAUCCGCAAAAGAAAAGCUGCCUGGUGUACGCUUGCAUCAAGGAGCUCGGCACCCAAUCAACGGCGCUCUGUCUCCCCCUCUGCGUGAUCGGGUCAGAGACCAUGAAGAGAGGCUUGCAGAAUAGCUUGGGCCCGGUGGUACGUCAUAUCCUGCGUUUCGCUGUGGAAGACAAGCUCGCGGAGGGCUUCCUCAUCCAGUGCUCGCGAUCCUUCUUUCUCCGACUGCAGAUCAGCGCCAUCAUCGCUGACGGGGAAGCCCUCCGUCAGGCUUUGAACUGCAAGGGGGCUUCUGGCCUGAAGCCGUGUCAUCUCUGUAAAAAUGUCGUCAUGAAAGGACACGCAUUGGCAUCGGCACCGACUCUGCGUGAUUACGCCUGCGACAUCUGCUCUUCAGACAUAGAACAGUGGGAUCUAUUGAGGGACGAAGAGCUGUUCGAAUUUUGCGACAUGCAGCGGCAGAGGCAACCCCGUAUUCCUGCGACCCUCUUCGCCGAAGAAGAGACCCUCAGCGGAUACUGCUACAACCCUGAGGGCAUACUGCAAGAUGACUUCGCCAGGAGACUACUACCACCCAGCCAAUGGCUCUUCGACUUCCUGCACCUCUAUUUUACUGCCGGAGGCUGCGCGGCUGUUGAGAUGGCACAUCUCAUGCAGGAGUGCCAGAGCAGGCUGAAGCAUGCACCGGAGGACUUCGCCUCCUUGCUGCGGCAGCUGCCGUGGCAGACGCCCAGCCAUGUGGUCGGACUGCAAGGUCCGGCGUCUCGCGCGCGCUUGCUCCAGUCCGCUAGGUUUCCUGAGAAGUCCUACAAAGGCAAAGCUGCAGACCUCAUGCAGCUGCUUCCCAUGAUCGCCUGCCUUGUGGAGCUCCUUGACGUGGACGAUCGGAUGGCAGGACCUUUAGCCAGCUAUGCAAUUUGCUUGAAAUACACCGCGAGCUUAGCCGGCUGA